UUUAGGUUGCUUAGCUUUAAUGUGAUAGUCAGAUGGUAAAGUUAACCUAGCGUCCUCAGUACUUGUUUAGCAAAAAAUGGAUAUAGAAAUAAGUAAAUCUUGGUGACAUGACUGACCCAGCCCUAACCACACAAUCAAAAGUGAAAGUAAAACGUGGUCUACCGAGAUUUUAUGAUCGUGAGAUUUCUUCACCACAGAAAGAUUUUUACGAUUGUUUAUAGUACACAUGUAUAACGUUAGUUGAUUUGUCUUCAGUGCAUUUAAGAUGCAUGUGCUUUAUUGUAUUUUUAUUUCAGCACUGCUGAAGAUCGCUGAUGGCUUUACAGUAAACGAACCCUCAGGUCCUCUGGUUGUUCCUCUGGGAGGUUCAGUGGUUCUGCCCUGUUUUGUUGAGACACCCUUACCACUGGAGGAUCUGGAGGUGGAAUGGAGAAGAUCAGACUCACAGACUCUCAUUCAUCUGUAUCAAGAUGAAGAUAUUAGACCAGAGUCUCAACAUCAGGAUUAUCAUGAUAGAGCUCAUUUCUUCACUGAAGAUAUUAAACAUGGAAACUUCUCACUCCUGUUGAACAAUCUGACAGCUGAAGAUGAGGGACAAUACACAUGUAAAGUUUACUCUGGAAAAGAGUCUGGAGAAACUGUGGUGGAAAUUAAACAUGUUGAGCGUUUAAUAGUUUCAGGAUCAAAUAAGUCCAUAUCUGUGUAUGCGGGUGAGGACGUAACACUGAACUGCUCUGUGGACUCUCACAUCAAACCUGAAGAGAUUGAAGAGGUUUCAUGGAGGAAAAGAAAUAAAGAUGAAGAAAUCCUGGUUCUUCUCUAUCAAAACAAUGAAACUCAAUCGGGAUCAUCAGAUGAGCAAUACAGAGACAGAGUUGAGUUCUUCACUGACGAAAUCCACAGAGGAAACUUCUCUCUCAGACUGAAGAGAGUCAGGACUGAAGAUAAAGGAGUUUACAUCUGUCAAGUGUUUACUGGACGACUUUCAGCAAACACAACUGUAAUACUGGAACAACUGGGUUUCUCUGGAUUACACGUAUUGGUGUUAAUUCUCUGUAUUACUGCAUGUGGAUCUGCUCUUGUGUUCUGCUCUCUCAUCUACCACAAAUUAAACAUCACAGACACCAGCAGAAUCGUGUGGUAUCUUCAUGUUUCUCUUGUCAUUUUCCCAAACAUCUGCGUUUUCUUUGCCUUCUUCAUCUGGGGUGUUAUUGAAGGAUUUCUGGAUGAGACCAUCACUUGCUGUGCUCUUUAUAUUCUGAGGAUCUUUAUGUUGUUUUGGGCCGUGCCAUAUUUAAAGUAUCUUCAAGAUAACCAUACAACUUGGAUUAAGUUUUCAAGUAUACCAAGAGAAUUAUCAUUUUUUUCAAUUAUUGUUUAUUCAGUUUUCUUUGAACAUGCCUGGAAACAGCGUGCACACGACACAGACACUGAACCUAUUAAAGCUUUUGGAAUUAGUUUUGAAAUAGGGGUUUCUCGUGAAGCUGGUGGAAUGUUUUUUGGAAUAGUGGUACUGCUGAGUCUCAUUAUCAUCUUCCUUAAAGAUUUAAGAUUCAAAAUAUCAAUUACAAUUUUGGUUGUUGUGCUGUCUUGGAUUCAAACUUUUCAAUUAUUCUUCUCAUUUGCAAUUGAGAAAAAGAAUUUUUUUAUGGUCUUUGGUGUACUGGGAUUUAUGGUUUUUUACAUUCUUCUGCCACAGAUAUUGAAAGCCUUCCAGAAGAUAUGGAAAUUACCAAUAGGACUCUGGGAUAUCCUUCUGUGGAUAAUUUUCACAAUAAUACUGCUGGAUAUCUCUCUAGAGACAUAUUUACAUCGAAAGAUUUUGGAACGUCAGACAGAUUUGUUAGGUUGGAUCUGUGUCAUGUGUUUUAUUGCCAUCCUGAAGAGGAUUGUACUCUUUGAACACAUUUUUCAUGAGGCCAGUUUGUUUUUAAGAGGGCUGGAACAACAACCAACAAAAGCUGUGGUAGCUGAUAAAAGUCUGCAAGGAUCAAGUUCAUGGCUUCUCUGCAAUGUAAUAAUGUACAUGUUUGGAGCAGUUGGUGUGGUUUUGUUGAGUUCUGUUGCCCUGAUGGUGGAACUUAUUCUGAAAGCAAGAAAUGGGGAGCGUAUGAUAAAUGAUCUGAGAGUCAUCGUCUUUCCUUCGGAGUGUGUUUUUGCCUCAUAUUGGGCUGUUUUACUACUACAUGCUUUCUGGAAAAUUUUAAAGACUGUAUUGGUACUCACUCAAAAGAACACGCCUGAAAGACACAGACAGGAUCAAAGGGUAACAGUUACUCCAGAUAUGAAGUGUUUGGUUCCAAAAUGAGAUGACAAAAACAUGUUUAUUAUAAUGUUAUCAUGUAAUUCUUGUUGAUUAUCCCACUGAUCUAUAUAAAUGAUUGGAUUGCGCAUAGAACGCUUAAAGGGCAAGUUCGGUAUUUUACACUUAAAGCCCUGUUUUCAGAUUGUUUAAGAACGUUUUUGACUGAAAUUUAGACAUAUGAUACUGGCCCGAGAAGAGAGCUUGAAUAAUAGACACUCCAGCCCAGUUGGUGGCAAAAAUCCACCUUUGCCACGGUCCAGUUCAAAGUCUUUAUAGCCAAACAAAACUAUUUAUGGAGCUCGACUAACGGUACUGUCUGCCAUGUUUGGCGCGGUUUAAAUUGUGCAUACUUGAAUGUAAGAAUUUCAAUUUAAGCUUAUACACGGUGUAAGCUUAUAAUUGUAGGGAAGAUCAUUAAUGAAAUGAUUUUUUCAGAAGAUGAUUCAGAAUGUUACGAGCUGAAUGAAAAGUAUAUAGAGAAAGUAAAGAUGCCGUUUUUGAUGUCAAGAAUGAGAUCAUUAGAUAAAGGAGAAAAGAAU